AUGGCCGUCCCGACAAAAGCCGCCGCCUUCGUGGCCUCCUCCCCGUGCUUCGCCGCCUUCCGCAGCGCGCAGGUGACGUCCCAGCUGGCCGAGGGCGCCGCCAAGAAGUACAUCGGCACCCACAACGGUACGUUCCACUGCGACGAGGCGCUGGCCGUGUCGAUGCUGAAGCUGCUGCCCAAGUUCGCGGCCCACGACGUGCUGCGCACGCGCGACGAGGCCAAGCUGGCCCAGUGCGAGGCUGUCGUGGACGUGGGCGGCGUGUACGACGCGCAGGCGCUGCGCUUCGACCACCACCAGCGCUCCUUCGCGGGCACCUUCGACCAGCGCGACACCAAGCUGUCGAGCGCCGGCCUCGUGUACAAUCACUUCGGCCGCGAGAUCAUCCAGGUGCUGGCCGCGCCCGUCACGCUGGACGACGCCACGCUGGACAUUUUGCACCAGAAGGCGUACAAGAACUUCGUCGAGCACAUCGACGGCAUCGACAACGGCGUCGAGGUGGCCAGCGCCGCCGGGGACGCCAAGAUCACGUACAACUACCAGGUGUCCUCGAGCCUCAGCAACCGCGUGGGCUACCUGAACCCGCGCUGGAACGAGGAUCAGAGCGAGGCGCGCGUCAACGCGCAGUUCCAGCAGGCCAUGUACAUGACCAUCACGGAGUUCACGGACGCCAUCCACGACCUCGUGCACUCGUGGCUGCCCGCGCGUGAGAUCGUGGAGAAGGCCGUGUCCAAGCGCUUCCAGACGCACAAGUCCGGCGAGAUCGUGCACUUCCCCGAGUACUGCCCGUGGAAGUCGCACCUGCACGACCUGGAGGAGAAGCUCAUGAUCUCCGGCCAGAUCAAGUUCGUGCUGUACAACGACGCCACGGGCAGCAUGACGCGCGUGCAGGCGCUCAACACGGAGCCGGGAUCCUUCGCGCUGCGCAAGGGCCUGCUGCCCGCUUGGCGCGGCCUGCGCGACGCGGAGCUGUCCACUGUGUCCGGCAUCGAGGGCUGCACGUUUGUGCACAGCGCCGGCUUCAUCGGCGGCAACCGCACGUACGAAGGCGCGCUCGAGAUGGCCGCCAAGUCGCUCGAGGCCCCCGACGAGGAGACCAAGUGAAGGCCGUAUUAGCAAGGUCCUCAAGCUACUCGUUGGCGCUAACGCUGACGCUAACGUUAAAUGAUAACCUUCAUCGCUAAGAAG